UGUUUUCUACGAUCAUUUUCUGUGACAUGUGUUGAAAAUGUUUAUGUCAUCAACAUUCACAUUCACCGCAUCCACAUACCCAACCCACAAUGGAUGAUUCUUUUUACGAUUCUCUGGAAGAAGAUUCCUUUUGCGAAUGUUUCAGUGAUCUUGAAGAUCCUGAUGAAGACAAAACAAAAUUAUGUGAAGUACAAGCUGAGCCAAAUGAUCAGGAUAAUUUAUCUGAAAUAAUACCACUCUAUCAAAGGGAAACACCUAAAACAACUAUAAAAUCUUUGAAGAAAGGAGGCCGUAGCAAAGCUGAGAUGAAGAAAACUGCGCACAAAGAAGUUCCGCUACUCAAAGAGAAGAAGGAAAAAAGAACGUAUCUAAACUUAUUUUAUAACAAAAUUAAAUACCCAGUGAUUGGUGGUGGAGAUGUUGCUAGGUGGCAGUCAGGAUCUGAAACUACUAGAGCACAUUAUGAUCCAUCAUCUAGAAACAGUAGUGCGUUAUCUCGCGGAAGAAGUGAGGAAUUUUUUGAGAAGGAAUAUUCGUCAGAUGAGUCGAGUUUUUUUGAGAAAUUCAUAGCGGAGGAGGAACUUAAACGCAAGGCUAAUGAAUCAAAAAAAAGCAACUCGGAAACCUUAUCAAACCUUCUGAGUGUUUCUGAGCAAUGCCUGAGUCAUACGAAAUUGAAUGAAACAAAACAGAAGAAAGGCGCAACAACUAAAGCUUCUUCUGUGCCUAGCAGUAGUCUUUUCUCGGGAAUGGGAGAAGUUAAUGCAAAGUUACAAUCUCUGCGGAAACGCCAAUAUUACGGAAAGAAGGUAAGUUCCAGAAAUAGGGCUAUUAUGGAGGAAGCAAAAUUGGUCAAGAAUUUCAAUACAAAAUUAAAAGUGAACCAUUGAUGUAGCGUCCUUACAAUAAAUCAUAGUAUGCUCUCUCUUUUCAA